AUGCACAUGCGUCGUACCUUGAACAAGUUUUGUCCGACCGAAUCGUUAACUUCACGAUCUAUCCAUCUUGCAAGGAAGGAUGCGUUGAAAAAGUUUUAUGAGUGUGGGUUUUCGUAUUCCAGGAAACUAACAGCCCACAAGUCAUGUGUCAACUACCUCGCCUUCUCAAGGCACGAUGGCAGAUGGCUCGCAAGCGCUGGAGACGACUGCCGCGUGUUGCUUUGGGAUUUCAGUCAGGAGGACGUGGUGUGUCCAAUGCAUGCUUUUGCUGGACCUAUGGGAAAUGUACUGACGCUUGAUUUCUCAGCUACGAAUCAGUAUUUGUAUAGUGGAGGAGCGGAUGAUGUUAUUUUGAAGUACGAUGUUUCGACGUUGCGGGAGGUUGGUAGUACUAGUAUUGAUGAGAGGGAUUGGUCGUUUUCCGUUGAACGCGAAGACGGAAAACUCGUACUGCACGACAGCCGUGCUGGAGGUAGGAUGAGCGCGGCGCAAGGGACGCUUCAACAUACGGCCGCAUUCACAGGCGCGCAACAUCACCCUGUUAUGGAGCAUGUUUUUGCGACUUGCGACGUGCAUGGGCAUGUUUGUCUCCGGGAUACGAGGAUGACUUUUGGGCCGUUGUCGAGACGGUCGAAUGGUGGGAUCGUGAGAGUGUAUAACACGAAGUUGUCGAGAAAGUCGACGGGUUAUCUUAGUAAUCCAGAGAGCAGCAGUUUGACUUUUGAUCGCGAUGGUGAGUUUUGGACCACUAGUUGUCACUAUUUCCCAACGAUAUAUGCCAUGUCAGAUCCACAUCCCUUGGCUAUAUGCACAGGUCGCAACACCCCCGAUGGAACCCCUAUCUCUCCACCCCAACGAUCAUACACCAAUUCAUGUACGAUGAAAUCAGGCGCUUUUGGUGGUCCUGGCAUGGAUGAAGAUGAUAUGUAUGGUGCUGGGUCUGAUGAUUUCAGGGCUUAUGUAUGGAGGAUUCCUCCUUUGAUGACUUUGCAGGGGCUUAGACAGGAGAUCACCUCUCAUGACUGGUACGCUCGCGAAUGGCCGGAUACUGUAGUACUAGCGUUUGCGGAAGGCAAGUGGGAGAGCAGAUACGUGCCUCACGAGAUAUCGAUGCCAUUAGCCAGACUGAAUGGGCAUAAAUCAAUCGUCAAUUCUGUCGCGAUUCAUCCGUCCUUGCUACAUAUCGCGACUUCGGGCGUCGAACGACAAAUCAUACUUCAUAGCCCUACGCCUUCGUCGCCUGCUGUUCAAAAUCUCCUUCCUACCUCACCGACUGUGAGGAUGCUUCAACCACAAGAUCUAGCGGCGCAAAGAACGUUUCUACGAGCACUUUUUGGGCCACAUCCGACCCUGCAUGAGGAUGUUGAGGAUGAUGAAGGGGAAAAUGAGACGAUCUCACUUUUUGAUCAUAUUUUGAGAGCAGAGGGUGAAGCAGAUGUGUUUACAAUAAGACGUUGGGGAGAAGAUUCAGAAGAAGAUUCAGAAGAUGAAGAUGAGACGAUAAUCGAUGUCUUUGAUACCUCUCUUUCUGAUAGCUCCCUAUAA